AUGCCUCUACCCAGAGAUCCCACAACAGCCCAUGAGCAGAUAACCGUCAACUCCCUGCUCAACCCUGCAUCCCCAGCUGCAACACCCGAGCCCAGGGUAAAGAUCUCCAUCCUCGGGGGAGGGAUCGUCGGGCUCUGUCUCGCUCUCGCGCUAGAGAGUCUUUCCGUCCCUUUCACGCUGUACGAGUCUGCAGCCAGGUUCUCGGAAAUAGGAGCGAGGAUCAUGAUUGGCUGGAACGCGUUGCGGUGCUUGGAGGAGAUGGGGGUGGGGGAGGAGUAUGUGAGGCUGGCGAGGAGGAGCUGGGGGGAGGCGCUGCGGGAUGGGAGAAAGGGUGGGAGUGAAGGUGGGAGUUGGAAGGGGGAGGUGUUCUUCCAGUACCGAUUUGGGGGAACACAGCGCGGAGAACCGUUCUGUACCCUGAAGAUGCCUGGUGGGCAACUCAACACCCACCGGGCAGAGCUACUUGACCUUCUGCUUUCUCACCUUCCUCAAGAGCGCGUGCGGUUCCGCAAGCAGUUGGUACGGUUCGACCAGCUCGAGCAUGGCGUGAGGCUGGAGUUCGCCGACGUGACGCAGGAAGACGCAGAUGUGUUACUCGCUGCGGAUGGGAUUCGUUCUACAGCUGCAGGAACUGGCUCGUACGCGUAUCGCGCGCUUGUCCCGAGCCAUCUUGUGCGCGCUGCGGUGGGUGAGGAGAUCUGGGCGAUGCCGACUAUGUGGCUCGAGCAUUCUCGCCAUGUCGUCCAUUAUCCGGUUUCUGGGGGAAGGUACUUGAAUGUCGUCGUGUUCAAGAGCGAUUUUACGAAGGGAAGGACCCCGGUGUGGGACAAGCCGGAAUGGGUCGAGCAUGAUGUUGACGAGCGUGAGCUGCUGAGAGACUAUGAAGGGUGCGGGCCGCAAGUGAGAGCUAUCCUCGAGCUAGUCAAGCGACCUUCCAGAUGGGCGAUGUUCGACCUCCCCGAUUGGCCCUAUUUCGUCGAAGGGAAUGUCGCCCUCUUAGGAGAUGCAGCGCAUGCAAUGACACCACACAUGGGAAACGGCGCAUCUCAGGGGAUCGAAGACGUCCACCUGCUCGCACACCUCCUGUCUCAUCCCAACCUCACGAAAAGCACCGUCUCAGCCGCGCUGAACGCAUACGAGCUCGUCCGCAAGCACCGGGUACAACGCGUCAAGGAGCUGUCGUACGAUACUGGUCGGCCGUGGGAGCUGAGUGCGCCUGGAGUGGGGGAUGAUACUCGGGAGUUUGAGAGAGUUGCACGGGAGACGAUGGACUGGGUUUGGCGUGUGGAUAUCGGCAAGCAGGUCCAGAGGGCUGUGACUUGGUUCGAGCUGAGCCUGGAAUGA